GAAAGAGGUUGGUGUAGUAUACUUGAGAAGGACACGUGGUGACGUAGUUAGGUGUUGGAAAACUGUUAUUCGAUGGCAUGUGACACUGUGCAUCACUGAAUCUAAUCCUCUGUCUGUCUGUCUGUCUGUCUCUAAUCUCUUACCUGUCUAUCUGAAAUAUUUGGUUUUCUAAAAAUUCUCUGAAGAAGAAAGAAGAUGGGAAGGAUAUUUGUGGUAGAGUUGGAGGGAAGGUGUUAUAGAUGCAAGUUCUGUAAGACCCAGUUGGCCCUUGCUAAUGAUCUUGUCUCACGGGCUUUUCACAGCCGCCGGGGAAAGGCAUACCUCUUCAAUCAUGCGGUAAACAUCAAUGUUGGAGCAUUAGAAGAAAGGAUGAUGCUCUCAGGACAGCAUACCGUGGCUGAUAUAUUUUGCUGCUUUUGUGGACAAAUUGUUGGCUGGAAAUAUGAGGCUGCACAUGAGAAAAGCCAGAAGUACAAAGAGGGAAAAUUUAUACUUGAAAGGGGGAGGAUUGUCGAUGAAGUGGAUUUUUCAACGGGAUUCUAUAUUAAUACCCGUCCUAGCAUGAGUGAUGCUGAAGAUGCUUAAACUUAAAAGACACUCUAUUGUCUUUCAUAGCUGUUCAAAGACAUCAAGGCUCUGAUGCUGAAAGAUGCUUAUGAUCUUCAAUCUUCAACAACUGUGAAGAACACGGGAAAUAUAUAUAUAUAUAUAUAUAUACAUAUAUGUAAAUCUGUCCGAUAAUAAUAAAAUUUGAAUACAAUGAAAUUUGUCUUUUUGUUUUU